GCCAAAUAAAACCCCAGGAAGUACUUUUCCGGAAUCGGGAUCUCCAAAGGGGACGUGACAGUCCCCUUGUAGCAAGGGGACUCCCGUGACGCAUGUCCCCUUCGAAAAGCUCUCGACUUCACGCAGCCAAAGUGUCCCUCACAACACCCAAGUUACAGUCGUGGGGAAAUAUUAAGGCGGAAGGACGCGGCACCGGGUUCCUCAGAGUCUGAACUGGGAUCCUGAGCGAAUCCUAGGUUUGGGGGACAAGUCAAGGAGCAAGUGACAUCUACUCUGUUGAGCGUGGAAGGACCCUCCUGGUGUUUUCUCUGCUACUCAGCAGUGCUCUGGCCUCAAUGGGGUGGUGUUUUGCCCUCCCAUUGGCUGCACUGGCCUGCUUCCUGCUUCCUGCAGGUUGCUGUGUCACAUGUGUGCCGUCGGUGAUGGCAGCCGUAAAGUCCUUGGAGAAGGAUUAUUUGCCUGGACACCUGGAAGCCAAACAACACGAAAAAGUGAUGGAUAUGGUACACAAUACUUUGAAAGAUUUCCAGGACCAGCCGUUUAUCCAGGGUUCCUAUGUAGGAAUCAUAGAUAAGAGCUCAUUAGAAGAGGUGGCUCAGAAUUUGCUGAAGGAGCUGAAACGCAUCACAGACAGCAGUGUAAAAGGGGAGGAAUUUGUGACAGAGCUCAACAGCACAUUGAUCAAGGAGAAGGAAGAUUUUGCCCAGCACGCUGGUCAUUUCCAGAAGGAGGCUUAUUGUCCCAACAAAUGUGGUGUCAUGUUUCAGAGUCUGAUAUGGUGCCAGCACUGUGACAAGAAGGUUCAUACUUGUCGGAAGCCCAUAAACUGCGGGGAGCACCAUGUGGAGACCCACGAAUCGGAAGACAUGAUCUUGGACUGUCUGCUCGAUUGGCACCGUAUUUCUGAAGGCCUCACGGAUUACAAAUUUUACAGGGUUUGGGCGAACCAUUCUGAGACCUUGCUGUACAAGGGGAAGGAACCCGUCCUGACCAAGCAAGGGGUGACUGAAGCGGAUGAAGGCAAAUAUCGCUGUGAGCUGGACACGGUGAUGUCAGGCCCAUCCACCAUCAUUUCAUAUCAUGUCACAGUGCUGCCUCCUAACAUCCAUGAAGCAAAACAUGCAGAACACCUUGAAAGGGAGCAUGAAGAGACCUCAUUUGAUGUGCACUCAGAAAGCCCCACCUCAGAGAGUGCAGUGUCAGCGCGCCUGGAGCCCAUCACGUCCCUUCAGCCUUCCCAGGCCCAGAGUAUGCUGCAAGGCCGCCUCUUUGGGCUGCUGAUCUGCUUCUUUAUACUGCUGGUAGCAGCCCUUCUUCUCAGGCUAAUUUAUUGGAGAAAAUCGAAAGAGAAAUCACAAUCCUCACAGCUCAGCUCUAGAAAGACAUCUUCUAAACAGCUCAGCAGUCGGCGUACAUCGAAAAAGCCCAGUUUUCAAAAUACAUCUUCUAAGACAUCCAAGACAAUGACCUCAAAGUGAAAAAAUAAUUAAAGAUGUGUCUUGUUGUCUAAGUAUUUGACUCACUCCUCUGGCCUGAUCCAUACCUUGGGUUCCUCCGGAGGAGAGGUCAGGAGAUGGGCUCCUGCCUCAGGGAGGAGGGAGAAGUCUGGUUGAGGGGAGAGCAGACUGCCAUGUAAUGCCAGAACCAAGAAUCAGGACAGGGCCAGGCCUACCUAGAUCUCCUCCCCCAGGACUGGUCUUCUCAGGACACCCCUCCCAGCUCCUCCUGCUGGGUUUCCUCUUGCCUUUUCCUGUCCCCCACACAGUGCUGGGGGCUGGGACAGAGGCAAAGGCUUUACAAGAACAAAGGGAUCAGGAACCGACCCAGGACAUCAGAGCCAGGCCAGAGCUGCUGCAGGGUAAGAGCCAGGGUCCAGGAGUCCCACUGCAGCCGUCCGUCCUCCUGGGCCUGGCCAGGCUACCUGGUGAAAGGAAGGAGGGCAGAAGCACCCGCCCCCUUUGGAAAGCUGGCUCUCCUGUGUGCCUGUGGCUCCUUCCUGCCACCAAGCACUGGCCAUCUGGCCACCCCUGCCUCUGUCAUGUGAGUAGCCACCCAACUGGGACAAUGCCCCUGCCCCACCUGCCUUCCAUCUGUCCCUGUUAUGGGCCCAGCCCAUGCUUUGUUUCUUGCUGAGGGACCCUGAGAGACUUGGCUGGGGUUCCAGUUGUGAAUGGGCAAAGGCGACUGGGGCAUGAGAGCAGGAGGUGGAUACUGCCUUAAUGGGCCCAGUGAGGGGAGAGGUGGGCUCAGGGCGCUGGGAUGGGCCUCACAGGGCGGGGCUUUGAUUCACCUUCCUUCUUCCCCUCCCUGCUCUCCUCUUGGAAAUGGCUUCCGCGGUACUCGACUUUACUUAUUUAUUUGAACUCUCUCUUUCCUCUGACCUCUACCCACCACCAUUCUCGGUUGUCCCUUGGUCCCUGUUUUUUGUGUACUCUGCUCACUUCUCUCUCCUGUCGUCUCUCUCUCUCUGGGUAUUUGUGUGCUUCCCUCCUCCUCUGCCCCCAUCUCCGUGUCUGCUUGCAUUUCUGGGUGACUCUCCUCUGUCUCUAUUCACCGGUGACUCCCAGUCUUCAUCUUCCGAUAAAAGGAGCCCCAGCAGCAAACCGCUGACCCAAACUCUCUCCGCGAGGAACUUCCGCUAGUGGACUCAGUAAAGGCGGUUGUCGCAGCUCUUCCGGGGCUCUGGUACAGGGACCACCCAUCCCGUGGAGCUACAGAUCUGAAAAUUCCUGGGGACGCGCAUCGCUGGACCAGCGAGAUGCUGCUGAAACUGGCAACCUCCAUUGGCGACUGGCACCACCGCGCACCCGGGGUCCUCAGGACUUUAGUUGGACCCGGCGUUGGUGCUAAAUGCAAGAGCGUGCAGGCCACCUCGCGCUCCAAGACGUUGGAGCUAGUGACCGAAGUGCGGUAGCAGACCAGACCAAAGCAGCGGCGUGGACCCUUUCCCGAUGUACAACGCGGACAGGCAACAACCGGCGUGAGCAGCUGUGAGUGGCGGGCGGAGCACUUACACUGGCUGGACAAUUUGGAGCGCCCACUGCUGGGCGCGCCGCCUGGAGCAGGAGUCCUUCCGGGCCGCCGACAACGAUGGCACGGGCGCCCCCUCGUGGCGGCCACAGAAGAAUCGUUCCCAGGCAGCCUCUGGUGGGGCUGCGCUGGCCAGUCCUAGUCCAGGGUCCGGAUCAGGGGCCCCCGCUGGAUCCGGGGGCAAAGAGCGCUCGGAGAAUUUGUCCUUGCGGCACAGCGUGUCAGAACUGAGCCUGCAGGGUC